UCGGCCGGUCUCCCGGUGAUGCCGGUCCGUGCCGACCCGCGGGUUUUGCGGGACACCGAUCCGCUGGAAACAGUAGUCUGAAACAGCAGACCUGCAACACGCCGGGCGCUUUUGUCGUAUGUUUGUCUUCUUUUUUGCUGGUUGCAAACUCUUAACUAAUCGCUGUCGUGUUCUGGGCGCGUAAUGAAAAUCUCUGUCAUUGGAACAGUAAAAAGAUAGUUCGUCGACGUCAUCAUUAAAAAAUCGGCAACAGUAUAGAAAUGCUGACUGCAGCUGACCCUUCCAUAGCCUGGGCUCGAGGCUAGGCCCAUGGCAGAAGGGCCGGAAGAGGCAGCCUGGGCUCGAGGCUAGGCCUGUGGCGGAUAAUUAGGACUACUUGCCUACUAGCCAUUAUAAUGGCUAGUAGGCAAUGUAAACAAAGGGCUUGCGCUUUGAAAUAGCCACAGGCUGGUUGGGCAGCCCUGGCUGUGUGUGCUGAACAGCCAAUUGCGAACCAAUUAAUAGAAUAAAAUAGAUGAAAACAAAAGAUACAUGUAUUGGAUAAGAAAUCAGAUUAAUUGCAUUAAACGAAAUUCUACGGACAAAAUCCUCUCAAUGCUUGUUGGGUAAUCUGUACUAGAGAAGGUUAUUAUUAGAAACUUGAGCCAAAAUAGGUUCAAUACAUCAUGUACGAUAUAAUCCUUAAUUAACAGAGGGAUCCAAAGUCCGGUAAGCGAUCAAAAGUCCGGUAAGGGGUUCAAAGUUUUGGUCGUACUGAUAACAUGUCAGACCCCGGGUAACUCUGCUAACAGAAGCGAGGUCACCUGUACUGAUAAGGCAGGUAGCCCAGAAAACAGGUGCACGGUGGUAUUUCCAAUGCGCUUUCAUCAUUAUUGACCAAUGUUUGACCUUGUGGACCUUGGUCGCCUUUGGUAAGUUCGCGCUGCGCGGAACGGCUGCGCGUUAAGACUUGUGCGGGCGGCGUCUUUUCUUGCAAACAUGGCCGCUGUCGUCAGCUGGAUAUCUGAGUCCGUCCAGGAGAUCCCGCAGAUCUCCGGGCUGACUCUGCAGACCUGUCUUGUCUUCUUUGCGGCCUUUCUGCUGACAUGUGCACUGUUGAGGCGUCCACGAAACCUGCCUCCUUACCCGGCAGGACAUGUGCCUGUUCUCGGGCACCUCCUCGCCUUGGGCCGAGCGCCUCUCCUCAAGCUGACGGCGUGGAGGCGGCAGUACGGGGACGUCUUCACCGUCAGGAUGGGGAUGGAAGAUGUGGUGGUUCUCAACGGCUACACUGCCGUCAAGGACGCGCUCGUGGACAGGUCCGAGUUGUUCGCGUCCAGGCCGCCAAACUACCUGUUUGAUUCCUCAGUUGGGUUCGGAAAAGGUGAAACAUUCAAAUUUUCCAAUCUUUUCGUCCUUUUUAUAUUGUCAAACAUCGGUGCUGCCCGUUGGGGGACCGGGUUGAAGCAGAGAAGGAGGUUUGCCACCGCCGCCUUGAAGCACCUUGGCAUGAAGGUCGGGACCGGAAGCGUUGAGGACAACAUCCGACAGGAGGCAAGCUAUGUACGGGCAACUUUAACUCCCUCCCCCCAUCCUUCCCUCCCUCCUUCUCUCUGCCUCUAUCUCUGUCCCUCUACAAUUGUUGAUGUUACAGGCGCCAGGCCAACCUAUAACCUUCAGAUUGCAGAAUACCACGGACAGCCCUUUGCCAUCUCUAACGACAUGAAGGUAGCUGUGGCAAACGUUAUCUGCUCCAUGGCGUUCGGGAGGCGCUACGGCUACGAGGAUGAAACGUUCCGGGAGCUCUCGGAGGCGAUCAGGAACCUGCUGGCUGAAAUCGGAUCAGGGCAGUUCAUCAGCGUCUUUCCUUUGCUGCGGUUCGUUCCUGGAGUAAACAGAGCCUGCAAAGAAGUGCUGAAACAUCUUUCCAAGAUUCACGAAGUUCUUUGGGACGAGAUAGCCCGCCAUCGCGAGAACUUCGAUCGCGAGAACCCGCGAGACUUCCUCGACUUCUGCCUGCUGGAGCUGGAACAGCGGGAAAAGGUGGAGGGUCUGACGGAGGAGAAUGUCCUGUACAUGGCGCAGAACUUGUUCUUAGCGGGAACGGACACAACCGCCAACACACUGCUGUGGAGUCUUCUCUACAUGACCCUGAACCCAGACAUCCAGAAUAAGGUCCAUGAGGAGCUUGAUGCCGUACUUGGUGUGCCCGCCCUGUCCCACCGGUCCCAGCUGCCCUACGUGAACGCCUGCCUGCUGGAGACCUUGCGGAUCCGCACGAUUCUGCCCUUCGCAGUUCCGCACGCCACAACUAAGGCUGUCAGGACACAGGGGUUCGACAUUCCCAGGGGUACUCAGGUACUUCCUAACCUGUACUCCCUCCACAUGGACCCCGCCUUCUGGCCUGACCCGGACCGGUUUGACCCCGGAAGGUUUCUGGACGCCGAAGGGAACCUCAUCAACAAGCCUCAGUCGUUCAUGCCCUUUUCAGGAGGCCGCCGUGUGUGUCUGGGUGAGCAGUUGGCCCGGAUGGAGCUUUUCCUGUUCUUCUCCACCCUGCUGCAGUCCUUCAACUUCAAGACGCCAGAGGGCGCUCCUGCUCCAAACACCGACGGUGUCUUGGGUCUGACAUUGGUCCCGCAUCCGUUCCAGCUCUGUGCGAUGCCGCGUUAG